AUGAUGAUCUUAUCAAAAUCCUCGUUCGAAAAUCUUGCUAUUGUCAAAACAUGUAUGCCCUACCCAAACAAAUUCACUGGAAUUCCAGUGAUAAACCUUGAAAGUCAAGAUUCAAAAUAUCAAAUUGUUGAUGCCUGUCAACAAUUUGGUUUCUUCAAGCUAACCAAUCAUGGCGUGUGUACCGAGUAUAUGAACAGAUUAGAAGUGGAAGCUGUCAAGUUUUUCGAGUUGGACCAAGCAGAGAAAGAAAAAGUUGGCCCUGAAUAUGGUAACAAGAGAAUCGGACAAAGUGGAGAUAUAGGUUGGCUUGAGUACCUCCUCUUCAGCACCAACCCAGAUUUCCUUUCCCAGAGACCUCAUUCCAUCUUAUCAAAAAACUCCGAAACAUUCUGGUCGGCUAUGAAUGAUUAUGUAUCUGCUGUGAAGAAUAUGUGUUUUGAAGUAUUGGAACUAAUCGCCGAUGCUUUAAAGAUUGGACCGAGGAAUGUUUUGAGCAAGCUGUUGAGAGACGACAGCAGUGAUUCCGUAUUCAGAAUAAAUCACUAUCCUCCAUGUCCUGAACUCCAAGCAUUCGGUAACAAAACUUAUAUGGGUUUUGGGGAACAUACCGACCCCCAAAUCAUAUCGGCCUUAAGAUCAAAUAAUACAUCUGGCCUUCAGAUUGCUCUCAGUGAUGGGACAUGGGUCUCCGUCCCACCUGAUCCUUACUCCUUUUUUGUCAAUGUAGGCGAUGCCUUGCAGGCGAUGACUAAUGGGAGGUUCAAGAGCGUCAGACACAGAGUUUUGUGUGACAAUUCAAAAUCAAGAAUGUCUAUGAUUUAUUUUGGAGCACCGCCGUUGACACAAAAACUUGCACCUUUACCUUCAAUAAUGGAAGAGGGAGAGGAAGGUCUUUACAAGGAUUUCACCUGGUCGGAAUAUAAGAAAUCCUUUUCAAAGUCUAGGUUGGGUGACAAUAGAUUAAAACUUUUUGAGAGGGACUCUAACUAGUGCACUGAUUAUUUUUUUACCUUUUUAAAAUCAAAUCUGACAAUUGUAAAAAUAGGGAUAGAUAAAUGAAUAGUUGAGUUAACUCUUUAAUAUAGAAAGAAGAUAGAUUUUCUUAGAGCCACUUUUUGUUUUUGUGCAGGUUUUAGUUGUAUGAUUUUUUUUUUUGGGGAAGGUCAUGCUUUUGGUUGUAAGUUUUAUUGACUCUGAUUUAAAUAGAGAUAUAUGUUUUAUUUUCACGAAAUUCUUAAUUGCGAAAAGAAAAGUAAAUAUAAUAUAUGAAUAUAAUUUACAAGGGAAAUUAUAUUCAUAUAUUAUAUUUGCUAUAUAUAUAUAUAUAUACACACACAAUACAU